AUGCUCCCGUCACAAUACCAUUCACCGCUCCACCUUGGUUCUAUCGGCUUGAUGUCCGUCGCGUCUAUGACCACGGCCUCGGUGAUUCCGCCUGCUGCCCCAUUCGAAUGGCAAAACAUAAAUCAUCUGAUUGCCUUCGGCGACUCAUAUACUUACGUCCAAGGAGUCUACGGGCGUCAGAACUAUAGCUUCAUUGGUGAUUACCUGCCAGGAAAUUUUGCUUACGAUUCAGAAACUCUUUUGGCGAACCAGAUCGUGCAAAACUUCACUGGAACGGCGGAAGGUGGACCGAACUGGGUCCAGUACCUGACGGGUUGCGGCUUGGAGCCUGGACUGACAUCACCACUGUCUUGUGACCUGCAAUUGUGGGAUUUUGCGUUCGCGGGCGCAGAUGUCUCGACAGAAUUCACGCCGCUUCAUCAUAACUUCACCAUCCCGCUGGUCAAUCAGACUCAGCAAUUCCUGACUUACGGGCAGCCAGUGUUUGAAGAUGAGCUAGAAGUCUCGCCUUCUGAAACUCUCGUCGCAAUCUGGAUCGGAAUCAACGAUAUUAAUGACCUGGCAAAGGCCACCGGGCCCUACGACUUCCCCAGUGUCUUUGACUCCAUUAUCUCCAGCAUCUUUUCCCUGUCCGUGACGCCUCUGGUUGAGGCGGGCUAUCACAACUUCUUCUUUGUCAACCUGCCUCCGCUGGAUCGAACGCCCGGAAACGUAAAGAAGCCCAAUCCAUCACCUAACAGCACGAUGAUAGGGUGGUGGGGCGAGACCCUUCAACAGUACAGCGAUGACUUUUCCAGCCAGAACGAUGGGGUCACGACCUUGGUAUUUGACGCGAACACCUUCUUGAACGAUGUUCUAGAUAAUGCGAGCGACUACGGGAUCACGAACACAACCGACUACUGUGCCGGGUAUCUGUACGCAGACGUCUUGACAAAUUGGGAGAAAUAUGGCUGCUCUGGCCCGUUAGAUACCUACUUUUGGUUCAACAGCGGACACAUGUAA